AUGACGGCAUCGGAGCGCGCCGCGCCGGGGCUGGGAGCCUGGACUGCAAGACCUCGGGCUGUGCUCGCGCCCAGGCAGGGCCUGGACCAGUCUUCCCUCCACAUGGGGCUGGAGGCUCCGAAGCUGCCGGCGGUGGAGGAGGCCCCGGUGAGGGUGGCCCUGCGCGUGCGCCCGCUGCUCCCCAAGGAGCUGCUGCACGGGCAUCAGAGCUGCCUGCAGGUGGAGCCGGCUCUCGGCCGCGUCACCCUGGGGCGCGACCGCCACUUUGGCUUCCACGUGGUGCUGGCCGAGGACACCGGGCAGGAGGCUGUGUACCAGGCCUGCGUGCAGCCCCUUCUCGAAGCUUUCUUUGAGGGCUUCAACGCCACCGUCUUCGCCUAUGGCCAGACGGGCUCUGGGAAGACCUACACCAUGGGGGAGGCCAGUGUGGCCUCCCUCCACGAGGACGAGCAGGGCAUCAUCCCGAGGGCCAUGGCCGAGGCCUUCAAGCUGAUAGACGAGAACGACCUGCUCGACUGCCUGGUGCACGUCUCCUACCUGGAGGUGUACAAGGAGGAGUUCCGAGACCUGCUGGAGGUGGGCACUGCCAGCCGUGACAUCCAGCUGCGGGAAGACGAUCGCGGCAAUGUUGUGCUGUGCGGGGUGAAGGAGGUGGACGUGGAGGGCCUGGACGAGGUGCUGAGCCUGCUGGAGAUGGGCAACGCGGCGCGGCACACGGGGGCCACGCACCUCAACCGCCUGUCCAGCCGCUCACACACGGUCUUCACCGUGACGUUGGAGCAGCGGGGCCGCGCCCCCAGCCGCCUGCCACGCCCCGCCCCCGGCCAGCUGCUGGUGUCCAAGUUCCAUUUCGUGGACCUGGCGGGCUCGGAGAGGGUGCUGAAGACAGGCAGCACCGGCGAGCGGCUCAAGGAGAGCAUCCAGAUCAACAGCAGCCUCCUGGCGCUGAGCAACGUCAUCAGCGCCCUGGGUGACCCCCAGCGCCGCGGCAGCCACAUCCCCUACCGCGACUCCAAGAUCACCCGCAUCCUCAAAGACUCGCUGGGCGGCAACGCCCAGACGGUGAUGAUCGCCUGCGUCAGCCCCUCCUCGUCGGACUUCGACGAGACCCUCAACACCCUCAACUACGCCAGCCGCGCCCAGAACAUCCGCAACCGCGCCACGGUCAACUGGCGGCCCGAGGCCGAGCGGCCGCCCGAGGAGGCGGCGGCCGGGGCGCGGGCGCCCCCGCGGCACCGCUCGGAGACGCGCAUCAUCCACCGCGGCCGGCGCGCCCCGGGCCCCAUCGCCGCCGCUGCCACCGCCGCCACCGCCGCCUCCUCGGCGGCCGCCGCCCGACUCGGUGCCGAGUGCGCGCGCUACCGGGCCCGCACCCACGCGGCCUACAGCCUCCUGCGCGAGCUGCAGGCCGAGCCCGGGCUGCCCGGCGCCGCUGCCCGCAAGGUGCGCGACUGGCUGUGCGCCGUGGAGGGCGAGCGCAGCGCGCUGAGCUCCGCCUCGGGGCCCGACAGCGGCAUCGAGAGCGCCACCGCCGACGACGGCGGGCGGAAGGAGGACGAGGGGACGCAGCAGCUGCUGACCCUGCAGAGCCAGGUGGCGCGGCUGGAGGAGGAGAACCGAGAUUUCCUGGCGGCGCUGGAGGACGCCAUGGAGCAGUACAAACUGCAGAGCGACCGGUUGCGUGAGCAGCAGGAGGAGAUGGUGGAGUUGCGGCUGCGGCUGGAGAUGGUUCGGCCUGGCUGGGGGGCCCCGGGGCUCCUGCAGGGCCUGCCUCCUGGUUCCUUUGUGCCACGACCUCACACAGCCCCCCUGGCGGGUGCCCACAACCAUGUGCUGGGCAUGGUGCCCCCCGCCUGCCUUCCUGGAGACGAAGUUGGCCCCGAGCAGUGGGGAGAGGUGACGGAUGGCAGGGAGGCUGGAGCAGAGUUGCGGGCAGAGGGGGAGAAGCCAGGAAGUGGCUCUUCAGCUGCAUCCGAGGAAGAAGAUGAGGAGGAGGAGCCACCCAGAAGGGCCUUGCACCUGCGCAGAAAUGGGAUCAGCAACUGGAGUCAGAGGGUGGGAGCCCGCCCAGGGAGUCCAUCGGACAGGAAGGGCCUGGAGCCCCACCUUGAAGAGCUGGAUACAGCUGUCCCUGGGUCCAGAGUGGCUGGUGGGAGCAAGGUGCAGACCUGCCAGGCCCCUGCUGCCAUGGCCUCUGAGUGGCGGCUGGCCCAGGCCCAGCAGAAGAUCCGCGAGCUGGCCAUCAACAUCCGCAGGAAGGAGGAGCUCAUUGGCGAGCUGGUGCGCACAGGGAAAGCAGCCCAGGCCCUGAACCGCCAGCACAGCCAGCGCAUCCGGGAACUGGAGCAGGAGGCGGAGCGCGUGCGGGCUGAGCUGAGCGAAGGCCAGAGGCAGCUGCGGGAGCUUGAGGGCAAGGAGCCCCAGGACGCCAGCGAGCGGUCCCGGCUGCAGGAGUUCCGCAAGCGGGUGGCCGCCGCCCAGAGCCAGGUGCAGGUGCUGAAGGAGAAGAAGCAGGCGACGGAGCGGCUGGUGUCGCUGUCGGCCCAGAGCGAGAAGCGGCUGCAGGAGCUCGAGCGGAACGUGCAGCUCAUGCGGCAGCAGCAGGGGCAGCUGCAGAGGCGGCUGCGCGAGGAGACGGAGCAGAAGCGGCGCCUGGAGAGCGAGAUGAGCAAGCGGCAGCACCGCGUCAAGGAGCUGGAGCUGAAACACGAGCAGCAGCAGAAGAUCCUCAAGAUCAAGACGGAGGAGAUCGCGGCCUUUCACAGGAAGCGGCGCAGCGGCAGCAACGGCUCCGUGGUCAGCCUGGAGCAGCAGCAGAAGAUCGAGGAGCAGAAGAAGUGGCUGGACCAGGAGAUGGAGAAGGUGUUGCAGCAGCGGCGGGCGCUGGAGGAGCUGGGGGAGGAGCUCCGCAAGCGGGAGGCCAUCCUGGCCAAGAAGGAGGCCCUGAUGCAGGAGAAGACGGGGCUGGAGAGCAAGCGCCUGCGGUCCAGCCAGGCCCUGAACGAGGACAUCGUGCGGGUAUCCAGCCGGCUGGAGCACCUGGAGAGGGAGCUGUCCGAGAAGAGCGGGCAGCUGCGGCAGGGCAGCGCCCAGAGCCAGCAGCAGAUCCGCGGCGAGAUCGACAGCCUGCGCCAGGAGAAGGACUCGCUGCUGAAGCAGCGCCUGGAGAUCGACGGCAAGCUGCGGCAGGGCAGCCUGCUCUCGCCCGAGGAGGAGCGGACGCUGUUCCAAUUGGAUGAGGCCAUCGAGGCCCUGGACGCUGCCAUCGAGUACAAGAACGAGGCCAUCACGUGCCGCCAGCGGGUGCUGCGGGCCUCGGCCUCGCUGCUGUCCCAGUGUGAGAUGAACCUCAUGGCCAAACUCAGCUACCUCUCGUCCUCAGAGACCAGAGCCUUGCUCUGCAAGUAUUUUGACAAGGUGGUGACGCUCCGAGAGGAGCAGCACCAGCAGCAGAUCGCCUUCUCGGAGCUGGAGAUGCAGCUGGAGGAGCAGCAGAGGCUGGUGUACUGGCUGGAGGUGGCCCUGGAGCGCCAGCGCCUGGAGAUGGACCGGCAGCUGACCCUGCAGCAGAAGGAGCACGAGCAGCACGUGCAGCUGCUGCUGCAGCAGAGCCGAGACCACCUUGGCGAGGGGUUAGCAGACAGCAAGAGGCAGUAUGAGGCCCGGAUUCAAGCUCUGGAGAAGGAGCUGAGCCGCCACAUGUGGAUCAACCAGGAACUCAAACAGAAGCUCAGCGGCGGGAACACUGCAGGCCAGGGCAGGGGUGGGGAGAGGAGGAGCCUCUGCUUGGAGAACAGACAAGCCCCUGGAAACGAAGAUGAACCCCAGCCAGCGCCCGAGCUUCUCUGGCAGUCCCCACUCAGCGAGGCAGCGCCCCGCGCCCGGGAGGAAACACGGGACUUGGUCCAUGCUCCAUUGCCCGUGACGUGGAAACGAUCAAGCCUGUGUGGCGAGGAGCAGGGCUCUCCAGAAGAGCUGAGGCAGCGGGAAGUGGCCGAGCCCUUGGUGGGGCGGGUGCUACCCCUGGGCGAGGUGGGCCUGCCCUGGAACUUGGGGUCUUUGCCCAAGGCCCGGCGGGAGCCACGAAGAGCCAGCCCAGGAAUGAUUGAUGUCCGCAUAAACCCCCUGUAGGCCCUUUGGUGGCCGCUGCCUCGGGGAAGCUUCCCGGUCCUGUUUGCUUUUGUGGAGGGUGCUCGCCUCACCCCGAGUCCAGCUCCUCCUCUUUACACUUAGGGCAGUCAGCAGGGCCACAGCCCCAAAGAACUGGACUCCCGUAAAAGCGGAACAGACUUCUCCCGCCCCCCGGCCCUGCAGCUGCGGGACCUGGUCCCUUUGCCUUGCUCUGGGGCUUCAGGCUGAGCCUCCGUGCGCAGUUUUGAGGUUCAGUGAGGCUUGUUGAAUGGCGUCUAGCAGCAGCAGGGUUGGGGUUAAGUGGUCUUAUGUACAUGGGGGGACUGGGAAACCGAGCACAUUUUUUUUUUUUUUAAACCGUUUAAUAGUAAACAAGAAUAAUCUCAGAGUUUUC